AUGGGCCCAUCAUGCCGUUCUGCGCUUGCGGCAUCGCUGCUGCUUUCACAGCUGUGGCGCAUCCACGCCGAGGCACAUGGCGCAGGUGAUGCGCUUUUGCUCAGAAUUCACCUGCAGCGUGAGCGAAGAAGGCGAUCCAGGAGUCGACUCGUGGCCCUUGAGGAGUUUACUUCGCCGCCGGGAAGUGUCGACCUUCCAUGGAACCCUGCGAUCCCCUGGGUUCCUUGGCCGCUGCCUUCGUCGCAGCACCGGAAGAUCAAGGCUGCCCCGAGCAAGCUGCAGCGGGUCUCCCUUCAGGACCUCAACGAUGUGCAAUACAUCGGAAACCUCUGGAUCGGCACCCCGACCGAACGGAGCUUUCGGAUGAUAUUGGACACUGGCUCUUCGGACCUCUGGGUCAGCAGAAACGUGUUUGAUCCGGAUGAGUCCUCAACCUGGGUUUCCGACGAUGACUCUGAGACGCAGAUUAGAUACGGGCAGGGUGUCGUCCAGGGCACGACUGGCACGGACCGAGUCUGCUUACUGGCAGACCCGGACAACUUGUGUCUUCGCCAGGAGCUCCUGGUGGCUUCGGAGGUGAAGGACAUCUCGCUGACCACCUUCGACGGGAUUCUUGGCCUGGGGCUGCCAGGCAUCUCUCAUGCACACCAGGACUUCUUGCAGAACCUGGCGAAGACCGGAUUCGGCGGUGGCGAGCUGUGCUUUUCCUUCGAGUUGAAGGAGCAGGAGGCAUCCACGGCCAUCUUCGGCCCGUGCCUGGAGGUCGUCAGAGCGGCCACGCAUCAGACGGGCAUUCCAGCAAGUCGAGCCGCACAUCUUCCGGUGCAGCGUCCUUUCGGCUACACGCAGAGAGGCUGGUGGCUGGUGGAGAUCGGCGUUACCUGCGCCAUUUUGAGCCUGAAUAUGGCACAGGCACAGUUUGUGCUCCUCCAGAAAUGCCUGCCGGGUAUGCUCAUCGCGCUCAUGCUUGGAGUCGUCUUCAAUGAGCGGUACGUCAGGCAUUGGAAUCGCUUCUUCAAGCCGCGCCGCUUCCGGCUGCCUCUCUGUUCGGAGGUUCUCAUGCAACGCUGCGGUCCAACAUGUCGGCGGAUUGUUUUGUUCAUCGGCCUCAUUGUCUACGGCUUGCUUCAGGUGGCGGCAGUGACUUUCAUCAUGAACUCCGCGUUGGAUGCUAUGCUGAUGGACCAUUUUCAUACAGAGGUGAGUGCCUUGCUAGACACCGGUACUUCGUUUAUUGUCAUCCCCAAAGACGAUUUUGCAGUGGUCUCUGCCGCAAUGUUCGGCCAACGACUGAGAGACAGCUGUGGGAUGUAUCGCAGUUCUCUGCUGUGUGCAUGUGACAUCAUCGAUCAGACGAAGCCUCUGCAAAUCGAUGUCGGGGGCCUUCACUUCCGAAUUGAUCCCGCCGAGACCUUCAUGUCCGACCCCGCGUGGGUCUUGGUACGGCAGAGAGACAUUCGUCUCACGAGAAGGAUAGUGGCUUUUUCCAGGGAGGACGAAAGGCAUGUCAGACUGGACUGGGUGUGGGCAAUGAGGUGGAAGCUCCUGGGCCGGCUUACGCCUCAGAAAGGUCUGCGGCUGCUUCUGUACGGAGACUCUCUGACUGCCGGUGCUCCCUCAAUGGUACCUUUUGGGGAUGCUCUUUGUGUUUCUCUGCAGUCCAUGGGAUAUCAGGUCGAGGCGACGGUUUGCGGCUUGUGUGCCUCCACCGCCUGGCAGAUGCUGGCUGCGGUAGAAGAGCCUCUUGUUCUGGAGACCUUGGGGAGUCGUUGGGGCUCUGGGCUGCUGCCACUCCUAAGCUCACCGAAACCAGUGGACCUGGUCCUCCUCAUGGCGGGUACAAAUGACUUGGCGAAGUCAUCGGCCCAGGAGAUCUUCUCAUCUCUGCGUGGUUUGCACUCUGUCUGCCAUCGUGCCGGUGUUCCAUCGGUUGCACUGGGUAUCCCGGAUGCCGGAGGCAGGAGCACGGCUAGGUUGGGGCCAGAGGUGGUGGUGAAGAGGCGGGCCGUCAACGCAUCACUGGCUGCCUGGAUCCGCGAAGAGUCUGCAACGGGAUUGGUCAAGCCCGAGCUGUUCGUCAGCACCGUGGCCCUUCUGCCCUAUGGUCCCAAGAGUCGCUCCGAGGGGCUCUGGGAGAGGGACGGCGUACACUUCACGGCCGAGGGCUCCCGGAGACUCGGCCAUCGCCUCGCCCUACUCCUGGAGCCCCUGGUCGCCAGGCUUCAGAACGACGUGCUGGUUUCCAAGAAUGCUUCUUUGGCUGAAGCCGGGGAAGUCCCAUUUGUGGACGCCUUCUUGGCCGCCUUUGAGGCCGAAGAGGCAGAGGAACAGAGCGCGAUGGCGCCGACAGGGUCAUCUCGCACCGAAGCCUGGGAAGAGGCGGCUGUCAGGACGCUUCAGGAAUAUUUCCGGCAGAAAAGAACGUGCAUGUGUGCCGUGUGCCAGUGCAUCCUCGGCCAAAGACUCGCCGGGGAAGCCACCGAUCAUCUUUGUGUGGCGGGCCAAGCUCAGCCCAGCCUGAAGCCACAUUCUGACGAUAACGACAAGAAAGACGAAGAUGAGGGACCCUUAGAAACGGAUGCAGUUCACGUGAUGUUUUGGGCCGUCGAGGCAGGCCGAGGAAUCCAGCCAACUGAGACCUACGAUUCCUCGUCGCUGCAGGGGCAUCAGCCCCUUCCGGCUCGGCAGCGGCUAAGUGGCGACGGCAACGAGACGAGGAUGUAUUCGGACGAUUUGCGGGAUGCCCCCGCAGACGAAGUGCCGGAUGCCUACCAGAGGCCAGUCGAAUGGGUGUUCGAAGCCCACGAUGAUGCCGACGAGGAGGUGCUGUCGCCUCCCGCCUCGGGCGCCUCAAAGAGUUGGCUGAGCUGGCUGCAGGGUACGCCUGCUCCGAAGGGGCACCAGUACUCGAGGGAGUCGGAUGCCUCUGCGGGCUCCCUUCCCCAAGAGUCUGAGCCCUCGCGAGAACCGCCGGAUUUGCCGCCCUCUGCACCGGCUCCGGCCGCGAAGACUAGCGGGUACACUGGCAUCCUGGGAUGGAUGACUGGACAGGCGUUUGCAGAUGAGCCAGAUGCACCUCUCCCGGCUCCGUUGCCCUCGCGCUUGGAUCCCGAGGAUGAGGAGAGUGUCAGGCACUCGUCACCUUCAGCUCCAGCACGCUCAGUGGUGGAAAUAGAUAUCCCUGGUGGGAUGUUUUCUGAAGAUGAGGUCAUAGGCGAGAGGAACGUGCACAGAGCGGCUUCCACCGCAACGAACGCUCCGCCGGCAUCAUCCUCGGCUGCCAGCAGAAGGGCAGCCCCGAGACAUGCCGAGGACAUCAGUCGGCCGCAGAAGCUGCCGGACAGACAGGUGUCCUUCGACAUGGAUGGCAUUCCGGGUCCGGAUCCGGAUUCCGAAAGACCGCGAAAGCACACGGAUCCAGACGAUUUCAUCGCGAGAUUCAACCAUGCCGACGCUGCCGAAGCUGUAGCGGCGGUAACAGCUUCAGACGAUAUAGUGCCGCCGCCCCUUCCCCCACCCAACGAGCCACCGGCUCCAGAAGAGCAGGGCUUCUACGAGAUCCAUGAAGCAUCUCCGGAAGCAGUGCUCAUCGCGAAUGUCGGGCAGGCUGUGAUGGAGGAGCAGCCCAAAGAGGUUGACAGGGAAGUUGAAGGUCGAGAGCCCUCGAAGCAGGAUGCGCAUCCGGCAACUAUCCCUGAGGAACCCCAGGUCGAUGUCGCCGUCGUAGUGGAUCCAGACACAGAGCCCGAAGAGGACUCAGCAGAAGGUCAACAGCAGCAACGGCGAAGAUGUUUCGCUUGUUGUUGCAGCAAGGUGCCGCGCAAGAAGCAAAAGCCUAAGGCGGUCGAGGACACUGCUUCAGAAGCCUACAGGCAGCAGCAGAGCAAGCUGCUGGAGGAGGAAAUCGAAGACUUUAGUGGCACGCCGUUUGUGACCUUUGUGGCCUGGAUAACGCAUCGAGGACUCGCUCGGGCACCCAUGUGCUGUGUGUGCACUGGGAUGCUCCUUGUCAUUGCAAUCAUUGCUGGGGGCAUGGUCGCGAGACCUCCCAACGUGGAUGUGGACUGGUCAGCGUUCCUUAAAACGGACGUGAACACGUCCACGAUGCGGGACGUCUUCCUGUUUGCACUUCAGCAUCGGCAAACCGAGCGGAGGCUUACGGAGGAGACUGAGCUGGUCGAAGACCGCCGGCUCCAAGGUAACAGGCUUUACAAGCACAGCGACAUUUUCUUGGCGUACGACUUUCCCGAGGGUACCAAUGCCGGCCCGAAUGGAUGGCUGGACUCUGGGCAUCUGUAUUCUGUAAUGUCAUUGGAGAGGAGGCUACGCAGCACUCCGAUGUGGCAGCAGCUUUGCAAUAGGUCAGAUGAUGUUGACAAGCCGCUCUGCGAACAGGGCAUCUCCUUGGUCAACUACGUCUUUCCAUCCCCGAUGGUUCUAGGACCCGAUGUGGUGCCCAGCAUGCUGGUCUACGAUGCGGGUGGCAGAGAAAAGGUGGCUCCGCAGGUUGCUGUGGCCCUGAUGGAGGAGCACAAUGUCAAGGACAUCAUCGUCGAUGCAGACUACGAAGAUGGACAGCCUCUCCGAAGAAUAAGAAGCUGUUUCCGCUUCAAGUGGUAUUGCUGCACCUCCCUCAUGUCAUCUUCUGAACAAGGAGUUGUCUUAGAGGAGAUGCGCCAAACCUGGGACACCUUCUUGAACGAAGCCGUCAUGCCUAUCCUCAAGGAGUUUCGAGAAGCACAAGCGCAAAGAGCGGGAAGUGGGACAAAGCCCUUCGAGAUGUACUACACUGGCAGUACCCUCUACAGCAAAGAGGUCACCGAGACUUUGUUUGGGGAUCUGCUCUUAGCCGCUGGCUCGAUGGGUUUCGUGCUCUUCUACCUUAUGGUCCACACGCAAAGCGUGUUGCUGGGCGCUCUUGGGCUUCUCCUGAUCGUGAGUGCGAUUCCACUGUCCUACGUCUUGUUCUCGAUUGUGACCGGCUCGAACACAAUGAGCAUCGCAUCGCUGCUAUCAGUAUUCCUGAUCGUCGGCCUCGGCUCGGACGUCGUCUUUGUCUACACCGACUUCUGGGCAGACUCUUUUCUCCGCAAGGAAAACUACGGCAGCCGCAUGACCUGGACCUUGAUCCACGCGGGCAAGGCGUCGUUGGCCACUUCGGUCACGACGGCGCUGUCCUUCUUCGCGAAUUUGGCAUCAGUGCUGAAGCCUUUGCGCGAGUUUGGAUUCUUCAUGGGCCUCUGUGUCGUGGUGUGCUGGGUCUUGCUCAGCCUCAUUUACCUGCCACUCUGCAUGCUGACGGAGUAUUGGUGUGGCAGGAGCAAGUCUCGAUGUGCGAGCUUCACAGCUGCUUUCAGGACAGAUCUCAAGGAAGCAAUGUCGUCCGUCAGGUUCUGGAAGUCAUCGACGAGCUCGAAGGCCGCCAAAAUCGAAGCGUAUCCAUACACGCGUGGCUACACCAGAUGCUUGCAGAGGGGCAAGCGCAGCCUGGCUCUAUUUCCAAUUGUCGUCUCUCUCUCCCUGGCUGCGUGGGGCGCGAUGGUCUUCGAGGUGGAUUCGGGCGUGCCCAGCAUCUUCCCGCCAGACCACAACCUGAACCGCGGGCAGCAGGUCUUCGCCACCUUCAAUGAUGCCAACCAGGUUUUCAAUCCAUUGUGGACCAUCGACACACCGCAGGUUAGCGUUUGCAACGAUGCCAUGUUUGCGCCUAUGAGCACGACCUACACUCCAGCGAGCUGGGGCUACAACUGCAACCUCUUCUGGUGUGAAGCCGACCCCGAUGUGGAGCAAUCCGAGGAGGGAAGCUGCCAUUGCUGGAGAAGGCAGCUUCCCAACACCUGCAACACCCAAUCGGCGCCGGUGUCCUCGAAGAUCUACGCAAAGAGGAAACUUGCGGAAUCGGAGAUGGUAGGCGCCGUGGCCGACUACCUCUCAAGCGCGGAGGGGAUGCAAAUGACGUCUUCCCAGCGGCAGAGCAUGCAGAGGGCGACUGUGAUAGCACCAGUCGUCACAGAGGAGUGGGAGCGAGGGGUGAAGGAGGUGCGCGAGAUUACCGAGGUGGUCGGCCGCCUGCAGCGAGAGAGCCGGAACACCUCUUCCUGCGGCUUCCAGGACAUGUGCUUUUGCACAACCUGGUCCUGCAAAAUGUUGGGCACUGGAUGGCAGCAGGUGGACCCGCUGUCAAUUCCCACGAUCAGUGACCUCAACUUUACCACCAGACGCCUGCAGUCCGGGCUGGCCAAGACUCAAGCUCGAGGUCGGUUCGGCCCACAAGCGGCCGCGAAAUCAGAGGCUGCCGAGGCGCUGCUGGCUAGACCGCUGGUUCGGAGCCCUCCGACCGAGGCAGACUUCGGCGAGGAGGCUAGUGCGCAGCCGCGCUGGCUGCAGAACCUGAGUCCAUCGGAAUGGACUGUCGCGCCUGCAAACCGAGCCGCCAUCGAUAUUAUCUUCGGGAUUGAGGUCACCACGUCGGCCAAACUCUUGGGGGAGGUCGAUCUUGAGAACGGCUGGCAAUUCGCAGAGUUACACCAGGUGAGCCAGCCAUGGGCGCAGCGCAACAUGUACAGUUUUUGCACCAGCAUGCCGCGGGAACUCCGUGUUGUGGAGCGCAGGUGCUGGAUGGAGGACUUCAGGGCCUACCUGCUGAAUCGUGGAGAUCGAUUCCCCAUCAUCCCGUCGCAGUUUGAGCAGCAGAUCAUUCCCUUUGCUGAGUCCUGGCUCACGGGCAUGCACAGCACGAAGGAUUACAUGUGGAUUCGCGACGGCAAGGUUAAAGCAUCGUACAUGCUGAUGAGCGUGGACUUCCAGCGCUAUGCUGACACCACGUCUGCGAUUGAGUACAAGCAGCUGUGGGACAAGUACCUCGAGGAGUUCAAUUUAGAUGCCUCGAUCUACACCAAGGGAGCCUGGCAUACCUCCAGCCUCUGGGUGCGAGCAGAGGCGCAGUCGGCACUUAUUUCCAGCACGAUUCUGACCAUUGUGAUCGUGGUUGGCCUGGCACUGCUGGGUAUGCUGGUCUUCACCCGCGACUGGAAGCUGUCGAUGCUAGUGGUGGCAUCAACCCUGUUGGUGGUCUGCAUUCUUUUCUGGUUCAUCGUGGUCGUCAUGGGCUGGCCGAUUGGAGCCAUCGAAGUGAUCGCACUCAUCGUCUUCAUUGGCUAUGCGGUGACAUACUCCUUGCACAUCGCUCACAGGUAUGGCAGCGCUGAUGCACAGGAUGCGCUUAUUGAUGUGACGGAUGCGGACGUUACGCGCUUCGUGCGCACGGUCUACGCCCUCGGCUCCAUUGGCCGGGCCGCGCUGGGGAGUGCCGCCACAACGGCGGGCUGCUCCAUCUUCUUGGUCUUCUGCACCCUGACCAUCUUCCAGAAGCUCGGAGUGACGGUGGUGGCAGCGGCUGCGGCGGUGGUGCUUGUCGUCGUGCCAUGUUAG